UAGUAACUGCUCAGUUACUGCGCUCGAGGUGUUUAUCUGAGCGGAGAGCAACAGGGAAAGGCAGUAAGGAGGUGAUGGGAUGCAGCUUUCUGAGUUUGUUUUGAAUAAUAUUAACAUCUUAGUACACGAAGACAAGAAAAAUGACGCGCAAAUGUGUAUGUGAACUCUGUAACUGUGGGCGCCACCGUUGUGCACAUCAGCCAACAGGGCUAUUUGAGAAAAGCAAGCAGCCCUGCAGUGUGACUGAAUAUGCUGAGAAGUAUCCCGAGUAUGAGGGUGUCCACCCUCGACAAAGCAUGAAACCCAAACAAGAGUACAAAGCAGGUCGGGAUCUCAUGGACGGAACCACCACUUUCAAAUCAGAUUACAUUCCGUUUGAAGUAACACGUCGUCCUGGCCGUGUGCAAGAGGAGUAUAAGCCGGGUUCUGGUCACAUUGACCUUGGUACUACCUACAAGAUGGACUACAACCCAUACAAGGUGCAAGCGUUUGUAGCUGCCAGGCCAAAAGAAAGACUGCAUGCAACUGGAGCGAAACUGGACACUAUGCCAACUUACAAAGAUGAUUUCAGAGCAUGGGAAUUCUCAAAGCGGGAACCAACCAAACCAGAACCAUCCUACCGUCCUUCCUCAUCAAAGUUUGCAAAUCUUACUACAUUCCAAAAUGAUUUUGCUCCCAAAGGCCUUGUUCCCAGAGAAAGUUUUAAACCACCUAAUAUGGCCAGGCUCUCUGAUGCCCCCUUUGAUAGCCUCACAAGUCAUCGCAUUUCCUACAUCCCUCAUCAGCUCGGGGCAAAGUUUGUCAAACCCAAAGAAGAUUACAAACCUAGUGAUCAACCUUUCGAAGAUCUCACAAUCCAUCGGUGUGAUUUUCAGGGCCUGCCCGGGGAGCUCUCCAAGAGCUGCAAACCUGAUUUCUCAAAGGUUAUGUCAGAUGCCCGUUUCGAUGGUAGCACUGAGUUCCGUGAUCGCUUUCAGCAAUGGCCUGUCACCUUGCCUAAGGUCCAUAAAUUACCUGAAUACGUCACUCCAGAAGGGCACAUGGAUUUGAGCACUACGUCCAAUAUGGAUUACGUUGGGCAUAAAGUUCAACCAUUUAUUCCAAAAAGGCCAAUCUCCCGUGGAAGGAGAAGUAGUGUACCAUUCCAGGGAAACACCACCAUGAAAGAAGACUUCAGGAAAUGGGAAGUACGUAAACAAGAGAUGAUCAAGAACAAGGAAGAAAUGGGAAUACCGACUGGGAAGUUUGAUGGCUUGUCAACCUUUCAAGCUCAUUAUAUCCCUCAUCAGUUAAACCCAAUACAAAGCUUCAAGCCUCAAAAUGUUGUCACGAGAAGUUUGGCUCCAUUUUAUGAUGGUACUAUGUAUCGCACAGAAUAUACUUCGAAGAAACCAGAUUUAUGUCCAGCAAGUUUUCAGGAACCACCAGGAUAUGUCUUUGACGAUGUUGACCACCGUGGGCACAAGUACUUCCGCAAGAUGUUAACACCAUUGGGUAGCAAAUCCAUUUUGACAAAUGGAAUACCCGUUCCCAGCGAGGUGGCUGUGAUGUCAUAAACCUUAAAUGUCUAAGAAAUGUUUACCAAUCAAUAACCUUAUACAGCACUUUUUGGUCUACUCUGAAUCAGUUUCUAAGCACCUUAUCAAUAUAUACAGAGAUGCUGUAUUUGUACUAUAGAAAAAAAAAAAAUCAAGUUGCAUCUAUUUUUUAUAAUGAUAAUCUUCUUCAAAUUCUAGAAUGAUUCAUGUAAUUACCAUUUUAUUAAUUUACAUUGAUCAUGAUCAAUUCUCAUAUUUUCAAGAAAAUUAUCAUUUUUCUUCUAGAAAUGAAAAUAUGUGCUUUGAAUGGCUGAUCUGUAAACGGCUUUGGGCAUCAUUUUAUAUAUUUAUAUCACAAGUGACAAGAUUAUUUAUACCCCGGAGACUUUUACAGCAUUCUCUCUAACUCCUGGGCUCUAUGUAUCGAUUACACAACAUGUGGGUUUAUAGUACAUUCAGAUAGGAAACUAGGGAUGUUCCCAAAGACAGUUCUAAAGGUGAGGUAGUACAUUUACUUACAGCUAAAUAUUAUAAUUGUGUUAAAAAAGACAUUUGUAAUAAGUCAUUCGGAUGAGACGUAAAACCAAGGUCCUAUUGUAAGUGACUCUGCAGCAGCAGUUGUGAUGCAUAGUUCACCCCCUAGUCUCUGUAAGUCGCUUUGGAUAAAAGUGUCUGCUAAAUGACUAAUUAAUAAUAAGUAGCACACAGAAGUCAAAAGAGAUGGUAUUCUCUAAUGCUUUUAAUUCCUUUACUCCAAAGCAGAAUCUUAGUAUAGAACGGGGUUUAUCUAUAAAUAUUUUUUCCAUUGCUGUAGAUUUAUAUAUAUGUGAGAGGAGAGGAAGAUUUUUUAAAUGUUGUAUUGACACAGAAUUAGCAUGUAUUUAGUUGAAAAAUGAAUAUGUAAACACAAUAACUGAAAAUAAAUAAUCUUGUAUUUAAAAAAAAUACAAUCUGUGUUAACAUUUUGUAACAUAUAUUUUACUCGAACCUGUCUAUUUAUAUUUAAUAACAUUUAUUUAUAUGUAUAAUUUACUUACCCAAUUUGAAUG